CCGAUCGCCAGCUCCGUGCGAGCUGACUGCCGGGCGGCCCGUGAGCGAGCGAGCGAGCGAGCGCGCGCGUCCCCGUGACCUCCCCGGCGCGAGGGAGGGAGGGAGGGCUCGAGGCCAACGGUCGGUGCUCAAGGCCAACGGUCGGUGCUCGAGCGAGUGGGAGGAGGGGGGGGGGGGGGGGGGGAAGAAGAAGAGGGGCUUUAAACUCCCCUGUCAUUAAACUCUCUCCCCCUCCCCCCCCCAAUCCCAUCCAUCCCCGUCUCUGUAAUCAACUCACUUCUCUGGUCAAUCAGUCAGUCGAGAGGGAAGGGUGGAAGACACCUCCACAGGGAGGGGAGAGUAGUUAGAAGGAGGAUAAGGUUGGAGGUGACACCGAGCCCGCUUGUCAAGAUGGCAGCAGCGGCGGUGGCGGGCUGUUGAGCCGCCUCUCGCUCGCACCUCCAGUCCACUCCUUCCCUUCAACCAACCUACAGAGCCUUGCGCCCAUCCCCUCCCAGGGUAAUUGCUGGGCGUCCGGGGCGCUCCUCAGCCCCUCUUUCUUCCUCCCCCCUGCCCUCCAUCUUUACUUCUCUUCACUCUCUCUGCCCCUCUCCUCUCUUGCGGGGCUGAGCUGAGCUGGAAUCAUGGCCGACGGCGGCGGCACCUCCUCCCCUCCUCCUCCUCCUCCCCCCCAAGCCGCCACGCUGGACAUCGACCCCGACUUCGAGCCGCAGAGCCGUCCCCGCUCAUGCACUUGGCCCUUGCCCCGACCCGGCGGCGACUUCCCCGGCGCUUCGUCCCAGAACGACUCGGCCGCCGAGAUGAUCCCCGAAGAGGAGGAAGAAGAAGAUUUGGACGAGGAGCCCGGUACGGGUGGUGGUGGUGGAGAAGCGGAGCCUCCGGGCCUGGAAGGGUUGAAGCAGUCGGUGAGGGCGAGCGGCGGGCCGGGGGCUUCCCCUCGCUCCCCUCCACCCUCCUCACUCACCCUCAGCGGCGCCGGGGAGGCUCCCUCCUCCUUCCUGGUGUCGCCGGCCGCCCCGGGGCCCCAGCACCGCAAAGCCUCGUCCCGCAGGAACGCCUGGGGCAACAUGUCGUACGCCGACCUGAUCACCAAAGCCAUCCAGAGCUCGGCCGACAAGAGGCUGACCCUGUCGCAGAUCUACGACUGGAUGGUCCGCUGCGUGCCCUACUUCAAGGAUAAAGGGGACAGCAACAGCUCGGCCGGCUGGAAGAAUUCAAUUCGUCAUAACCUUUCACUGCAUAGCAGAUUUGUCAGAGUUCAGAAUGAAGGUACGGGCAAAAGUUCUUGGUGGAUGAUCAAUCCAGAUGGUGGAAAAGGUGGGAAGUCUCCACGAAGGCGUGCAGUUUCCAUGGAUAAUAAUAAUAAAUAUGCAAAGAGCAGGGGUAGAGCAGCAAAGAAGAAGGCAGCCCUGCAAGCUGCACAAGAAGCUAGUGUGGAAAGCCCGUCACAGCACACAAGAAGCCCAACAUCUCGCAGCAGUGACGAAUUUGAUGUAUGGACAGACUUUCGUUCUCGUACUAACUCAAAUGCCAGUACUUUGAGUGGGCGGCUUUCACCUAUAUUAGCCAAUCCUGAACUAGACAAUGUUCCAGAUGAGGAAGCGGCUCCUUUGUCUCCCAUGCUUUACUCUAGUCCAUCCAGUGUUUCCCCAACUGCAACUAAAUCGUCCACUGUUGAGCUCCCUAGGUUAACUGACAUGGCUGGAACCAUGAACUUGAACGAUGGAUUGACAGAACAUUUAAUGGAUGAUUUAUUGGACAAUAUUACUUUAACACCUUCUCAACAGUCAUCACCUGGGAGCAUUGUGCAGAGAAGCUCAAGUUUUACUUAUGGGUCAAAGAGUUCUGGUUUAGGUUCCCCAAACAGUUUCAGCAAUUCCAUAUUUGGACCACCGGCUUUGAAUGCUUUGCGGCAGACUCCCAUGCAAACUAUUCAAGAAAACAAGCAAGCCACAUUUUCUUCCAUUUCCCGGUUUGGCAACCAAACGUUACAAGAUCUGCUUGCGUCUGAUUCUCAUGGUGACGUUAUGAUGACUCAGACAGACCCUCUGAUGUCUCAAGCGAGUUCUGUGGUGUCUUUACAAAACUCACAUAGAAAUCUGAUCAUUCAUAAUGAUCCAAUGAUGUCGUCCUUCACUGCCCAGUCUACUCUGGCAAACCAUAAUCCACUGCAUCGCCAGUCUCCACCUCGGACGUCUGCACUUACUGGUGAUAGUGCCUUGUCAAACUCCAUGAAUCAUGUAGCAUUACCAACAGAUUCUAACAGUGUCGCCACAAAACACCAGCUUCAGUCAUCUGUCAAUCGGUCUAUGCAUAUGGGAUUGUCUGAUACACUUACUGGCCCUCCCUAUCCUGGUAGCAUGGUUCUUCCACCUAUGGGGCAAGACAAGUUUCCCAGUGACCUGGACUUGGAUAUGUUCAAUGGAAGUUUAGACUGUGAUGUGGAAUCCAUCAUUCAUAAUGAACUCAUGGACGCUGAUGGGUUAGAUUUUAAUUUUGAUUCACUUAUAUCUGCUCAGAGUGUUGUGAACUUGAAUGUGGGAACUUUCACUGGUGCUAAACAGACAUCGUCGCAGAGCUGGGUUCCAGGCUGAAGUUGCCUUUUAAUGGUGGAAGGAGGUUAGUGAACUGAAUCCUUCUCGCCAAAUCUGCUAUCAUCAAGAUAACAUGAGUCAGAAGACAGCAAAUGUAUUUGACAGCUGUGUAUCUGACAUUUUCAUCUGUAGUGGGGCCAGUUCCUGGAAGAAUUGCAUCUCAACCAAGCGAAAGAUGUUAACGAGAAGAAUACAAUUUACACUUGAAAUGAUUUUUGAAGUGUUUAAAAGAAAUUCCAUUUAAGCUGUACAGUUUCUCCUGCAUCCCGUUAUAUUUAGCCGUCUAUAAAUUGUUGGUUGAUGCAGGUUGGUGCUUAAUUUCAAUUUUAUUUGAUGAGCAUCUGCCUAUGGUCUCCAUUGUAUCAGAAUGAUUGAAGUGGUGAUAGAAUGGGACUAAUGAACAGUGCCAACAAAGGCAAGAAUACUAAUGAGGAAACGAACAUGUCAACUGAUUGAAUGGAGUGCGACAAAUCAGCAUUGUCAAAAUGCCGGAAGACUUAAAAACAGAUGAUGGUUUUAAUCCUUUUUAACCUAAUAUGCAAUUGAUUAAUUGGCAUUUUUUAGUAAUUUGAAACUGCAUGAGCUUAUUCACAAUGAAUUUCUGGUUUGAAUGGACAUCUCGAAUUUAUGACCCAACUUUAUUUGGUCUUCUAUAAUAAGAGUGUAAGAUUUAGAGGUGAGGUUGGUGAUUAAAAAAAAAAAAAAAUACAUUCAUGUGUUGACAAGUCACCUACCCUUGGCAAAACUGACUCUAACUUUGCUUGGCUUUACAGACCAAUGUGUGUACAGACCAAUCUUGUGAACUAGUGAUUGGGUAGAAAGUUUUUUUUUUUGUGUGUUUACAGAUUAUUGCAUUCAGAGAAAAAAGCCAAAAUUAUUUUCUCUCAAAGCCAAUUUUGCUGCAUGCAUUGAAAUUUAAAUAUAUUUACAGGAUUGGACAACUUGCUCUAUUAUAUACAUUAAUCAUAGAUUUUUUUUUUUCAAAGUUCCUGUCGUUUAAACAGAAAAAAAAACUUUGCCCUUCCCCAUUCUGAGUACAGAUUGAUUUGAGAUAACAAAUCAUAUCAUCAUCAUCAGAUAACAAGCUGCCUCCCUUUUGAACUGAAUCAUCAAUGGUCAGCUUUAAUGUGGUCUAUUUUCUGUAGGUACAUUUAUACUUGUAUAGUCAAUUGUUUUCAAUAAUGCAUUUCUGUAUGACAUUUGUACAUUUAUUGAAAGUUUUAUUGUACUGUGUACCCUUGAUCACCUUUUUGAAAUGUUUCUAUAUAAAUAUACAGCAGCUCAG